AUGGCAUCCAUGGUUUCCAGCCUGCCGGAUGUCUUGGAUGCCUUCUGCCUCCGCACCACUGAGGAUGAUGACUUCAGCCCCAAACUCGCGGCCAUGCUAUCAGGACAGUGCAUGGAAUGGGAUGAGCUGCCACCGGAGAGCGACGAAGGAUGCGUGGAGUACAAAUGGCGGCUGGGCCCGGAGCAUGGCCCCAGGCGUGUGGAACGCCUUGCGACUCAGAUGAAGUUCCGCUUGGCAGAGGGCCGCGGCCUCGAUGUCUAG